AUGGUAUUGUACAUAAUUAUUGCUGUGUCGCUAGCGGAAUUAGAACGUCAACUCGUAGACGCAAUGAAAAGAAACGUUGUUGACGCUGCAAGGGUACAAGACUGGGAAGAAGUUCGACGACUUGUUGAACUAGGAAAGGACGUGGAUAGUGUAAGCCGAGAAAGUAGACGAACAGCUCUACACUUUGCAGCCAGAUGGGGAGAUAGAGAGAUGUGCUCGUUCUUGUUGACUCGUGGCGCAAACGUUCAUCUGGCAGACGCUAGAGGAAAUCAGCCUCUUCAUCUAGCUGCUUUUGCUCCUGGUAGUUUCGUUCAUCGUGCCAAUAUUUGCCAACUUCUAGUGGAUUACAAAGCCGAUGUUACUGCGCUCAACUAUUGUGGUGAAACACCCCUCCUCAGAGCUGGCCGUGCUCUUUACUGGGAGGGCUCUCCUGCACUCUGUCCCUCACUGAUAACAAGGCAGACUGCCAAUGUAGCAAACCGUGAGGGUAAAUUUCCGCUAUAUAUGGCAGCUGGAUCAGGCCACAUUCAGACCGUUCAGUUACUAGUGGAUCACGGAGCUCAAAUAAAUGAAGUGACUAAAGAAGGACAAACAGCGCUACACGCAGUAGCUUCAUGGCGGAAAGACUGCUUUGAAGUAUGUAACAUUUUGCUAAAACAUAAUGCCAAAGUCAAUGUAGUUGAUAAAAAUGGCAAUCAAGCAAUACACCUGGCAUGCCAACGAGGUCACAUUAAGACAAGCGUUCUCUUGGUUUCUCAUGGCGCGGUUGUAAACAAAGUGAAUAGAAUUGGGCAGACAGCAUUACAUACAGCUGCUGGUGCAAACAGAGACUGCCCUGAAUUGUUUGACACGCUACUACAGCAUAAUGCCAAAAUUGAUUCGGUGGAUAAAGACGGCAAUCAGCCAUUGCACUUAGCAUGCAAAGAAGCCAACAGCAAGAUUGUUAUUUCCUUAAUUUCUCGUGGAGCAGUUGUCAAUGCAGUGAACAGAUUUGAGCGGACACCACUACAUACAGCAGCUGGUGGAGACAGAGACUCUCCUGAUUUGUGUGAUAUGUUGCUGCAGCAUAGGGCAAAGAUACAUUUAGUAGAUGAAGAUGGCAAUCACCCACUACACUUGGCCUGCAAACAAGGCAAUCUCAGGACAGUCAUUUUCCUAAUUUCUCAUGGUGCGAUUGUAAAUGAGGUAAACAAAUUUGAGCAAACACCGUUACACACAGCCGCUGGUGGAAACGUAGACUAUCCUGAUAUUUGUGAUGCGUUGCUACAACAUAAUGCCAAGAUUAACUCAGUGGAUGCAGAUGGCAAUCAGCCAUUACACUUGGCAUGCAAACAACUGAACGCUGAAACUGGAGUUAGGUUGUUAUCCCAUGGAGCUGAAGCAACUAUCUUAAACAAGCAACAAGAGAGUCCUCUAUGUUUGGCAAAUGAAUCUAUACUGAAAUUAGGUCAAGAAAGGGAUGGUAACUAUCCAUUGCACAUAGCCGCUAGAAAAGGUACAAUCCACAUGGUCCAGCUGCUAGUAGAGUUUGGAUCUUGUACAAAUUCAGUCAAUGAUUAUUCAGAAUCGCCAUUACAUGCAGCAGUUGCUACAGUUUUUAUGUCUCUUGAAAUCUGUAGGCUGUUAUUACACUCUAGAGCUAACAUCGAUGCAGUGGAUCAAGAUGGCAACCAGCCUUUACACUUGGCAUGCAUACUAUGUCGCACUGACUCAAGCAAUCUUUUCAUCUCUAAUGGGGCAUCUGUAAAUGCAGUAAAUACUCGUGGACAAACACCGCUACAUAUAGCAGCUGAUAAAAAAUUCAGUUGUACCGACUUAUGUAGUGCUUUGUUGAAAAACAAUGCCAAGGUGGAUGCAGUAGAUAAAGAUGGCAACCAGCCACUACACUUGGCAUGCAAACAGUGUCUGACUGAAACAAGCAGUCUUUUGAUCUCUAAUGGGGCAUCUGUAAAUGCAGCAAAUACUCGUGGGCAAACACCGCUACAUAUAGCAGCUGGUCGAAAAAGAGAGUGUACUGAAUUCUGUAGUGCUUUAAUACAAAGAAAUGCCAAGAUUGAUGCAGCAGAUCAAUAUGGCAACCAACCACUGCACUUGGCAUGCAAACAGUGUCACACUGACACAAUCAAACUUUUGAUCUCUAGUGGGGCAUUUGUAAAUGCAGCAAAUGCUUGUGGACAAACACCUUUACAUAUCGUAGCUGGUGGAUUGAGAGAGUGUACUGAAUUAUGUAUUGCUUUGUUACAAAGCAAUGCCAAUGUUGAUGCAGCUGAUGAAGAUGGCAACCAACCACUACACUUGGCAUGCAAACAGUGUCACAAUGACACAAUCAAUCUUUUGAUCUCUAGUGGGGCAUUUGUAAAUGCAGCAAAUGCUUGUGGACAAACACCUUUACAUAUAGCAGCUGGUGGAGAGAACGAGCUACAGUGCACUGAAUUAUGUACUGCUUUGUUACAAAUCAAUGCCAAAAUUGAUGCAGCAGAUCAGUAUGGCAACCAACCACUACACUUGGCAUGCAAACAGUGUCACACUGGCACAAGCAUUUUCUUAAUCUCCAAUGGGGCAUUUGUAAGUGCAGCAAAUACCUGUGGACAAACACCUCUACAUGUAGCAGCUGGAGGACAGAGAGAGUGUACUGAAUUAUGUAAUGCUUUGUUACAAAGAAAUGCCAAGGUUGAUGUAGCUGAUGAAGACGGCAACCGACCACUACAUUUGGCAUGCAAACAAGGUUACACUGAAACAGGAAUACUUUUAAUUUCUAAUGGGGCAUCUGUAAAUGCAGUGAAUACCGAUAGACAAACUCCGCUACACAAAGCAGCUGGUGGAGAGAAAGAGUGUACUGAAUUGUGUCGAGUUCUAUUACAAGAAGGUGCUAAGAUUGAUGAUGUGGAUCAAGAUGGUUACCAACCACUAUUCUUGGCAUUCAAGAAAUACCACGCUCAAAUCGUACGCUUACUUUCAUCGUGGCCACAUGGUGCUAUGACUGCUCUCAAGAAGCAACAGAGAAAGCCUUUAGAGGUGGUAGAACAAUACAUAGUAAGAAGAUAUUCUCAUCUAUGUCGGAUUGUGGAGCUGAUCUAA